AAAUCAAGAGAAAGUAUCAAAAUAGUGAUUAUAUUAUAUGCUCUUUGUAUCAAAAGUAAACAAAACAGAAAACACAACUUGGGCAAUGUGCGUCUUGCCGGGCUCAGUUCAGUAGUAAAUAUGUACUAAUUGCUAGGAAAAGUAGUUAUAGAUAGUAUUUUUCUCAUAAAACAACCAUCAAAUACAUAAUUUGCAAAAUGAGAGAUCCUUCAUUAGACGAAACUGCGUCUGCUGAUAAUGCAAUGCAGGAGUCUUCGGUGGUUGAGGCAAUCGGCGGAGAGACACCGGCCUUACCCGGUCUUGACUACGAAAUAGAAGCUAUAUUACAAGUACCUGAAGUAGAAGAAUCUCCAUUUGGCCAAUAUGUAAAGGACUGUCCAGUGUGCAAAAGCGCUGUCCGCUGUUACUUCAUGAACUUCAACGAAAAAGUAGUCAUGUGUGAGAACACUACAUGCUCUUGGCCUUUCGGUUACGAAGAGCCUCAAUGCUUGAAACAUGACGAGGCCCUCUCCGCAGAUGAUGAGGUGGAAAGUCUCAAGGUCAUGACAUAUGGCCCUAUACCCCCUACUGGGUCAAUUAUAUCGACAACGGCUUGGUCAGAAAUGGACAAAUCCAACAAAGGUCUGGAUUCAGAGGAACCUGGUAGCACUCUGAUGCACCAGAGUGACGCAGCCAGGCAUGCAAAGUUGCAAGAGGUCUUGAAACAGAAGGAAGCAGAACUUCAGACAAAGAAGAACCUUCAGGAUAUUAAGAAGUUGAAUGUGCAGCUCCAAAAAACCUAUGAAGAUGAAGACGAAAUAUCAUGUAUCCGCAAUGAGAAGUGGAUCAAACAUCUCAACACCUUGCAGAACAUGUCCGGAAUCCAACUACUGCGCGAAGAAGAGAUGGCGUUACUUCAAGAAAAAGAACCUCAAGGUCUAACUAUGAACAUAGAUGCGGAGAAUACUGCGAUAAUUAUCAAUUUAGCUCCAUCAAUGUCAACGGAGCUAAAUUCAACAAAGGAAUCAACUGCCUUAAAGGACUCAACUGUUAUAGAGGAAUCUACUGCCCUGAAGGAACCAAGUGCUAUUAUAGAAGCAACUGUCGCCAAGGAACCAACUGCUUGUAAGGAAUCAAAUACUGUAAAGGAACAAACUGUCGCAGAAUCAAUUGCCCUAAAAUCUACUGCCACUGAAUUAAGUAGACCAAAGGAAACAAGUGCUAUAGUUGAACCUGUCAGGACAGAAGACAAGGUUAUACCAUAAAACAUUAAGGCCAGGUUUUGAACCUGGCAAAUUGAAACAGGUGAAUCUGAUCGGAUUUGAUAUCUGAGGGUCUACCGUGAACCACGUUCGACGUGUUGCCUCCCUGUUGCACUUGUAAAUUCGUACGUGUGACAGGGAGGCAACACAUUGAACGUGGUUCGCGGUAGGGCCUCUGAUCCUGUGACAGUAUCUAAUUUAACUGCAAAAGGUACUGCUAGAUUGAUUUGAUGCUGAAUCCAAUAGAUAUGACAUUAGUGAGAACAGAUCUAGCUCAGUUGGGAUAAUAUCCGAAUGGGCUUAUGUCUAAAAUGAUCAUUUUAAUUCAUAUUCUGGAAUUCAUUUAAAUAAAUUUGACCAUAAUACAAAAAAAACGGCCGAGAGCAUGUCGGGCCACGCUCAGUGUAGGGUUUCGUAGUUCCCAUUCAGGCAGAACAGGCCAAAUGGGGAGUUAAGAAUUAGGAAGUAUCAUGUACAUUACAAGCUUUUGUUUCACGAUUUUAUUUCAUAUUUAUUGGACGCAUGGUUCAAAAGUCACCUAUUUUUUUUCCCAAGCGAUUAUUUCCGAAAAUAUUAACUUUGUUUAAAAAAAUCGGCUGAAUGCCAAUUCAUGGCAGGAAACCGCGCUGUAUCGGGACAGGUGGCGUUCUCUCGUUUCGGAGGCCAAGAUUCUUUUUGGAUCGCUGAGCCAUAGCAGUUAGUUAGUUAAAAAAAUGAUUUUUGGAGACCCUUAUUUAUUUUCAAAGAACUAACCAACGAUACCCCACACUAUUGGGUCAAAGCAUAAAAUUCCAAAAAUAUCAUUUUGCAUGAGGUUCCCAAAAUUUUUUUCCAGUUUUUAUCUUACCGUUUUUUCGCCAUGCAUAAUUUGUAUCCAUACCAAAUUACUGCUUUCUAGCACUAACGAUCGUGAUCGUAAAGCCGUGGAAAGACGGACAAUCCUAGUCCAGGAAAAAAUACCUGGAGCUUGCUUCACCGACAAGAGCGCAGCUCUUAAAUAUCUUAUGAUGACGAGUUGAUGACCAUAAUACACUACUAAAACUCGUAAAAUGUAGUUACUUAAAACACCAGGCUCAGCCUUGAGGGGAAGUUUGUACCUAAAGAGGCUAAAGCUAAUCUUAGCUUCAUAUUACCACAGAGAAAAGUAAAGAAAGAGUGGUAACUCAAAUUGUUGAGCAUUAGAGUUUCGUUCGUCGCGACAUCUAUUGUCAAGUAGCAGUACUGAUAAAUUUCGCUACUUGACGCUAGAUGUCGACUACGAAAUAACUCGCGUUUUGUUCAGAAAACUGAUGUGUGGAUCACUCAUUCUUUACUUAUAUUUAUCUAUUUUAUUACGGAAACUAUUUUUGAUAAUAAAUAUAUUAAACCACCA